AUGCCAUCUUUGUCGAGUGUUUAUACCCAAAUGUGGCCUCCGAAACCGAACUUCAGAGAAGAAGAUAUUCCAGACUUGUGUGGAAAAGUGUGUAUCGUUACUGGAGGCAGUAGCGGAGUAGGCAAAGAAGUCGUUCGGAUCCUAUAUUCAAAGAAUGCCACAGUAUAUAUCGGAGCGCGGUCAGAAGAACGAGCAAAUUGUGCAAUCAGGGACGCAAAACGUCUAGCCCCUGAGAACUCGAAAGGCGUGCUACUUUUUCUUCACAUGGACUUCUCUGAUCUCCGAACCAUCAAACCUGCGGUAGAAAAUUUCAAGAAACUGGAACAGGGAAAGAAUCAAUUGCACAUUCUGAUCAACAAUGCUGGGAUCCAGGCUUCUGACAACAGGAAGACUGCUCAAGAUUGGGAGAUCCAUUUCGGAGUCAAUGUCCUGGCACCUUUCUUGCUCACGCAGCUACUAACGCCGACGAUGCUGGACACGGCCAAGACAGACCCGGACGUGCGUGUCGUGUGGGUAGGCUCUCUUUCGGUCGAAUUGCUUGGAGAAAGGUCCCGAGGGAUCUCGCGUGACUUCCUGGAGUACUGGCGACAGAUUUCGCCGUUAGAGCGAUACGGGAUCUCCAAAGCAUCCGCAUGGCUCCACGGAGCAGAAAUGGCGAGAAGGUUCCCCGAAAUUACCAGCAUCAUAUGCAAUCCUGGCCACCUCAAGUCGGACCUGUAUCGCGAGCAGAACAAGCUGUUGCAAUGCGUACUUCGCACGCUCAUUUUGUACCCGCCUGUCUAUGGAGCUCUCACCGAGCUCACAGCAGCGGUAUCGCCGACAGUUGGGAAGCAGGAUAGUGGUCGAUGGAUGAUUCCGUGGGGAAGAUGGCAACCGAUUCGAUCCGAUUUGAUGGAUGCGGUCAAAGCCGUAGCGGACGGAGGGAAUGGACAUGCGCAGGAAUUUUGGGACUGGUGCUCAGUUCAGUGUGCAGCGUUCAUGUGA